GCCGGGCUGCCAGCGCCCUCACAAUGAUGCUGGAAAACUUGUCCUCUCCGGGGGCGUACGCGAUCGUCGUUAGUGACGCGGUCGAGAUCGUCUUUUUCGGCAUCUACACGAUAUUCUUCUCGUUCGCGUUGAUCAUCCUCGUCACCCUCAAGAGACCCCUUCCGGUCGACCGGGGCAUGGUCGUCGCGACUUGCAUCGUGUAUAUCUCCUGUAUGAGUCACACCAGCAUCCUCACCACAGACAGGCAUACCACAUUCACGAGUGGCCUGCCAAUCCCGAGCGGUUCCGAAAUGAGCGGGUUGCUACGAACUGUCGAUAUAUCCUUCAAGGCAUGUGGCUUCCUCUCGCAGCUCAUCAUGAUUCACCGCUGCUGGGCUGUGUGGGAUCAUAGAUUCGUCGUUGUUGCAGUCCCUCUGGCCCUGGCCUUUGCCAGUAUUGUCUGUGGUGUGCUCGGGCCACUGCGCAUUCCGACGACAGAGUUCAAGUCGCCCUGGGUCGCUCCGCGGAUGCCGCUCUAUGACAUGAUCUUUGCAGUGGCAUCUCUCGUGGUCUUCAUCCUCGUUACGUCACUCCUCGUCUACCGCCUCCGGAGCGUCCUCGCCCCCCUACGAAACGUCAAGUCGAUGGAAACGUUGUUCUGGACGCUCGUCGGGGCCUCCAUCGAGGCGGGUGCCCUGCUGGUGUUCGCGCAAGCCUCCAUUGUCAUCCUCUUCAUCCUUGGGAGCCCCGCGAUAAUCAUCGCGGAGAGCAUCGCGACUCAGAUCUACGUAUGUCCUCUCUCUCCCGCGCUGCUCGCUCCGGCCCCGCGCCUUUGCCUUUCGAGGGAUAGCACGCCGCACGGCGCGCAGCCAUCUCCACUCGUGCGUUAGUCCGCGUCCCUGGAACGUCGCGCUGACCUGCAGAUUGCGUGUGGGCCUUGCAGGGAAUCGCCCCGACGAUGAUGGUCAUCCGCGUCGGCCUGAGCACGGUCCCUCGAGGCGCGCGCUGGGACUCGUCCACGCCGAUGUUCAGCUCGCUCAUGAUGUCGACGAUAUACGGCUCGGAGGAGUCGGGCGAGCCGAACGGCGCGCCGUGUCUACCGCCCCUCGAGAUGCGCCAGCGCCUGCCUUCGCACCAGCCCCCUGCAUAGACUGCGCUGGCACUAACGGCUUCCGGUCUCCCCCCUUCUCCGGCGUCGCGUCGCAGCAUACCUCUGCCAGGACCUUGCCGCGUGUUGGGAACGCCUGAGGGACCCCUGUCCGGUAGAGGGGAAGAACGCGGUCCCCCUAUGGAACCCCCGUCUUCGGCACCAUUGGUCGCCUUGUCUUCGCUUCUCGAUCCCGACGACCCCGACCUCCGACCCGGAGACUCGGAUCUAGAUGGAUUACCCCCACGAAACACUGGCCUCAGGGACAUCGCUGCUGCUGCGUCUGCCGGGAAGCCAUAUACCCACCCGCGCGGCGCGGGAUCGCUACGAGAAGCGGGUUUGAUCUAGGACGUACUUCACGCGAACAGCGCGCGCGCAAGAGAUCUUGUCUGUGGGUGCGGAUGCCGGCAUGCGCUGUUCUGCGGCGCGUUCGAGCGCCGCGGGAUCCGGCAUUGAUCUGCGGCUGACAGCGGCUGCGCGGGCGUUCUGCGGAUAGAUGAAGUGCGUCGUGCAAACAACCUCUCGCUCUCGCAGAAUUGGGGGUGACGCUGCAGCCGAGGCGAGGGCCGAGGCACGAGGAUGAUGACAUCGAUGCGGAUGACGACUCGCUAUGACAUUGGAGGCUGGAAGGAAGAAAGGAAGACGGAGUGCUUGCUUUCUCCCGGGACACUCAUGCAUAUCGCACAGACUAGCCCACUUCCUUCUGUUGUUGUCGCAGUCGCUACCGACUUCGCGUGUGUCUCUAGCCGCUACCGGUACCUCCGCAACCUCAUUGUACUAUCAAUCCUGUCUGCCACGCAAGUGUUGGUGGCUGCCGCUAUCUCCGCAGAGUGGCCUAUAGUCGUUGCGGGUUUGGAAGAACGGAUGAAUGCGGUUUAUGGCCGCCGGUUCGAUCUGUCUAACGUGCGCAGUGGGCGUCUUGCGUGUCUUGAUCAAGUAGUGUGGAACGUUCCUGUCGAUAUCUGCUGCCAGUGCCUACUACAUAAAGUAGACGACGGUGCCUAUGGUGCCUUUUCU